AUGACAACAACAGAAAACAAUAACAACAAUCCAAGCAACACUACUGCUACUACUGCUACUGACAAUAAUAAUGACGACAAUGAGGCGUUUAUGAUUCAAGUGACAGAGAAUCUUCCGUCUCUGGAAGACUGUUACAAUUUCGUCGUGACGGGGACCAGUGGUGCCGUGUCGACGUUUGUGGGAAUUACCCGCGACAAUUAUCAAGGCAAACAAGUGGCCAAACUCAGUUACGAAGGAUACGUUCCCAUGGCGGUCAAGGAAUUGCGCAAACUGUGUCGGGAUGCUCGCACCAAAUAUUCGUCCAUUGACAAGAUUGCCGCCGUGCAUAUUUUGGGAGAUUGUCCCGUGGGUCAAGCCAGUGUCAUUUUGGCCGCGUCCAGUCCGCAUCGACGAGAUGCCAUGCAUUGUACCGAAUACCUCAUUGAUGAAUUGAAACGACGCAUUCCCAUUUGGAAACGAGAAGUAUAUGAAGGAGAUUUGGGCAGUGUCUGGAAAGAAAAUGCCGAAACCAGACAAAUGGAACGAUUUGAUGUGUGA